CACUCCCCCCAUCGUUUCAGUCCUAUAAAAGAAGUUGAAUUCAGCCCAGAAGGCAUCAGUUCCGCACAGUUGAUCCAGCGCUUCUACAGUCAUGGCCUUCAAGUUCGUCGCUCUUUUCGCCCUCGUGGCUGCCGCCAACGCCGGAGGUCUGGCCCCCGCCCCCCUGGCCUACCACGCCGCCCCCGCCUACGGCUACGCCGCCCCAGCUUACGGCUAUGCCGCUCCCAUCGCCAAGGCCGUGGUCACCAAAACCGUCGACGCCGAGUACGACCCCCACCCCCAGUACAGCUACGCCUACGACGUCCAGGACUCGAUAACCGGGGACAACAAGGAGCAGCACGAGACCCGCGACGGCGACGUCGUCCACGGUGGAUACUCGCUCAUCGAAGCUGACGGAACCCGACGCAUCGUCGACUACACCGCCGACCCCGUUAACGGCUUCAACGCCGUCGUCCGCAAAGAGGGCGCUGCCGUCGCCGUCAAGGCCGUCGCCGCCCCCGUCGUCGCCAAGGUCGCUGCUCCACUCGCCUACGCCGCCCCCGUCGCCAAGUACGCCGCCCCCCUGGCUUACUCUGCGUACGCCGCCCCCGUUGCCAAGUACGCCGCUCCCCUGACCUACUCCACCUAUGGUGCACCCAUCGCCAAGUACGCCGCCCCCCUGGCUUACUCCGCGUACGCUGCCCCCGUUGCCAAGUACGCCGCUCCCCUCUCUUACGCCGCCCCCGCCGUCGCUCACGCCGCCCCCCUGGCCUAUUCCACCUAUGGUGCACCCAUCGCCAAGUACGCCGCACCUCUGGCAUACUCCGGCCCCGCUUACUACCACUUGGUAGUAGCCGUAGGCGGGGGCGGCGUAGGCGGCGGGGGCGGCGUAUUUGGCUACGACGGGGGCAGCGGCGUAGGCGACGGGGGCGGCGGCGUACUUGUGGACGACGGGGGCGGCGGCGUAUUUGGCGACGACGGGGGCGGCCGCGUAGGCGACGGGGGCGGCGUAGGCAGCAGGGGCGGCGUACUUGGCUACGACGGGGGCGGCGGCGUAGGUGACGGGGGCGGCGUACUUGGCCACAACGGGGGCGGCAGCGUACUUGGCGACGACGGGGGCGGCGACGGCCUUGACGGCGACGGCUGCGGGUUCCUUGUGGACGACGGCGUUGAAUCCGUUGUGGGGGUCGGCGGUGUAGUCGACGAUGCGGCGGGUUCCGUCAGCCUCGAUCAGGGAGUAGCUGCCCUGGACGACGUCUCCGUUCCUGGUCUCGGUCUGGCUCUUGGCGUCUCCGGUGAUCGAGUCGUGGACGUCGUAGGAGUAGCUGUACUGGGGGUUGGGGUCGUAGUCGGCGUCGACGGUCUUGGUUACGACGGCCUUGGCGAUGGGGGCGGCGUAGCCGUAAGCGGGGGCGGCGUGAUAGGCCAGGGGGGCGGGGGCCAGAACUCCGGCGUUGGCGGCCGCCACGAGGGCGAAGAGAGCGACGAACUGCGUUGCAUCACUUGCUUGACAGCCCGGACGGGGUAUAAAAACCGAAUUCGCUCGAUCGAAUGGCAUCAUUCGCACGACGCAGAUCAAUCCAGCAAAUUCGCAAUGGCAUUCAAGUUCGUCGCUCUCUUCGCCCUCGUGGCCGCCGCCAACGCCGGAGUUCUGGCCCCCGCCCCCCUGGCCUACCACGCCGCCCCCGCCUACGGCUACGCCGCCCCCAUCGCGAAGGCCGUCGUAACCAAGACCGUCGACGCCGACUACGACCCCAACCCCCAGUACAGCUACUCCUACGACGUCCACGACUCGAUCACCGGAGACGCCAAGAGCCAGACCGAGACCAGGAACGGAGACGUCGUCCAGGGCAGCUACUCCCUGAUCGAGGCUGACGGAACCCGCCGCAUCGUCGACUACACCGCCGACCCCCACAACGGAUUCAACGCCGUCGUCCACAAGGAACCCGCAGCCGUCGCCGUCAAGGCCGUCGCCGCCCCCGUCGUCGCCAAGUACGCUGCCGCCCCCGUUGUGGCCAAGUACGCCGCCCCCGUCACCUACGCCGCCGCCCCCGUCGUAGCCAAGUACGCCGCCCCCGCUGCCUACGCCGCCCCCGUCGCCUACGCGGCCGCCCCCGUCGUCGCCAAAUACGCCGCCGCCCCCGUCGUCCACAAGUACGCCGCCGCCCCCGUCGCCUACGCCGCUGCCCCCGUCGUAGCCAAGUACGCCGCCCCCGCCGCCUACGCCGCCCCCGCCUACGGCUACUACCACUAAGCCGUUCACCAUUCGACGAACUAUUUAUUAAUUGGAAUAAAAUGAGAUUCUUGGAAACGUUAA